AUGACGGAAACGGAAAUAUUAACAAUUGAAUUAGCUCCUAAAAAAUCUGUUAAAAUGGACUUAGGUUCAUUCUUAACCGAUAAUUCGAUCGGCGGAUCAUGGGCAGACGAAGAAGUUGAUAUGUCUUCUAUCGGUGUUCCAAUUACUGGAUCUCAAGCAAGCACUAGUGUUAGAAGAGAAGGAACCUACCAACCACAAGGUGGGUUCAGAGACAAUGAAGAAAGACGUGAAAGAAAAGAAUUUCCAAUCCCAGACCAACCACCAUACAGAGCUAGAGUUGCUAAUUUACCAUGGGAUGUUGAAGAGCAAGACUUAGGUAGAUUUUUUGAAGACCGUAUGCAAGUGCAAGAUGCAAUUUCUGAUAUCAAGUUACCUGUGGAUAACAUGACAGGAAAGUUGAAAGGUUUUGGGUUUGUAACAUUCGCAGAGAGAGCUUUAUUAGAAGAAGCUUUGAACUUGAACAUGGCAGAUUUAAACGGUAGAAAGAUUUUCGUUAACGUGGCUGCUCCUCAAAGAGCUGAUGUUUUUGACAUGGACUGGAGAUCUGCAAGAAGUGGACCAAUGGAAGGUGGAAGACCUCCUAGAGAAGAAGUAGAAAUUGACUGGAGUUCUGCCAGAUCUUCCGGUGGUUUACCUCCAAGAGAGAACAGAGGUGACAGAGGUGAAAGAAGACCAAGAAGAGAAGAACCAGAAAUUGACUGGAGUUCUGCCAGAUCUUCAGGUGGAUUACCACCAAGAGAAAAUAGAGGUGAAAGAGGUGAAAGAGGCGAAAGAAGCGAAAGAAGACCAAGAAGAGAAGAACCAGAUUUAGACUGGGGUGCAGUUAGAUCUUCAGCUGGUACUUUACCACCAAGAGAAAAGAGUGGAAGAGGUGAAAGAUCCGAAAGAAGACCUAAAAAGGAUGAGCCAGAAUUCGAUUGGAGUGCAGCAAGAUCUUCUGUUAGUACUUUGCCACCAAGAGAAAGAUCUGCUAGAACUGAAAGACCAGACAGAAAGCAAGAACCAGCCUUAGACUGGAAGAGAGGUCAAGCUUUGGAUUCUCGUAGUAACAGUAAGACUUCUAAAGCAAACAAGAAGGUUGAUAACGAAAAGAAAGAUAACCAACCAAAACCCCAAAAGUCGUCGUUUGAUGUUCUCACUGUUGAAAGUGACGAUGAAGAAACUCAACCAGAAAAAGAGGUUGAAGAACCAAAGGCUGAACAAGCAACUACUGGCUUAGAAGAGGAAACUUCCAAAUUGUCUGUCAACAAUAAAGAAGGUGAAGGCUGGGAAGUCGUUGGUAAAUAA